AUGACAAUUCCCUAUGCAGAGCAACCAGCGACAUUGAUGAUCACUGUUCCUAGGCCGAUUCCAUAUGAGAGUGAGAGGGUCGUUCCUUGGCAUUAUGGCUUAGACGUGUAUUACUAUGGUACGAAGAAGGAGGAUGGACCGAAAGAGAAAUUUAUUGAGGCCGCAGUUGCCAACGCUGAUAAUUUCGCCGGUACUGGUAGGAUCACUUGCAGUGGUAGGCUGUUCUCUCCUCAGCCAGUACAAAACAAUGCAGAUGCUUUGGCUAGGGCCAAAGGUAAACAAGUGGUGACUGGUGGCCAGAACUCUCCAGUUCAUAAUGGGGCACCUGGUAAUGCUGUAUCUUCCAAGGAUGUGAAGGAGUUGUUGAGAAUUACCAAGAAGUCCGAUUACAAAGUUGUUGAGCAGUUGGGUCAGACCCAAUCAAAGAUUUCCAUCUUGCAAUUGCUGAUGUGUUCAGAGGGUCAUAGAGACGCUCUAUUGAGAAUUCUGAAUGGUGCCUACGUGCCGCAUGAAAUAUCUGUGAGUCAACUAGAAGCGGUGGCCAAUAAUAUUUCUGCUGGAAAUGGUUUGGGGUUUAUUGAUCGUGAUCUUCCUUCUGAGGGGAAAAACCACAACAAGGCUUUGCAUAUUUCGAUAGAGUGUAAGGGGACGACUUUGUCUAGUGUUUUGGUUGAUACCGGAUCGUCCUUGAAUGUGCUUCCCAAGUCGGCCCUUAUGAGAAAUGACUAUGCUGGUGUUAAGUUGAGGCCCAAUGAGUUGGUGGUACGUGCUUUUGAUGGUUCAAGGAGGUCCGUAUUCGGAGAAGUAGAUCUACCAAUCCAAGUUGGUCCUCAGAUCUUCACCAUGACCUUUUACGUGAUGGAUAUUCAACGUGUUUAUUAUUGUCUGUUGGGACGACCCUGGAUUCACAAGGCUGGCGCUAUGACAUCUACUCUACAUCAGAAGUUAAAGUAUCCAGUUGAUGGUAAGGUGGUGACAGUCUGUGGUGAGGAGGAUUACAUCCCAGAAACGAUUAUGUCUUCCUUGAAAGACGCACAGGUUGUUGUUGAGACUGGCAAGGUGGAAGGCUGGGGGCAAUUAAUUGAUGUGCAUCCCAAAUUUGACAAGAAUGGUCUUGGUUUCAGCACUGGGAAGCAGAAUGCGGCGCCCAAGCCUAAUAUCCUCAGCCCGAUCAAGUUUGUGAGUGGUGGUGUCAUUCAGAACAGUUAG